CCUGUCAUGGCGGCCUCCGUGGCCGCCGGUGGCGGGGCUGUGACUCGGCUGCUGCUGGGGGCGGCCGGGGGGCUGCGGCUCCGCCCGGCGCGGGGCUUCCGCACGGCAGGGGUGUUCCAGGCGGAAGACGAGAGCUGCACAGCGGAGCCCGUGGGCGACAUAGUGAACGUGGUUUUCAUUGACCGUUCCGGGCGCCGGAUCCCCGUGCAGGGGCACGUGGGGGAGGACGUGCUGCGCCUGGCCCAGAGGCACAACAUCGAACUGGAAGGCGCCUGUGAAGCCUCCCUGGCUUGCUCCACCUGCCACGUCUACGUGAGCCAGGAGUUGGUGGACAAGCUGCCUGUCCCUGACGAAAGGGAGGAAGACAUGCUGGACCUGGCCCCGCAGCUGCAGGAGAACUCCCGGCUCGGCUGUCAGAUCAUCCUCACCAAAGAGCUGGAGGGGGCGGAGUUCACCCUGCCCAAAAUCACCAGGAACUUCUACGUGGAUGGCCACGUUCCCAAGCCCCACUGAAGGCUGGAGGAGUCUCGGGGCUGCCCGUGGCUCUGGGGCUGGGCCUUAGAGAGCCCAAAGCAAGGGGGGCUGGUCGGAGAAAGCUCCCCCUGGGGGCCUGCUGGUGACAUGGAGAGGUGGGGGGAGGGGUUGUUAGUUUUAUAGGCCCAGGGUGAAGUGCUGAGCUUCCUACAGGCCUGGGGGCGGGUGGGGGGAAGAGGAGGAAGAUGGCAACAGCAAAGAUGCUAGAAUAACCCCCCCGCAUCCAUCCCAGCUCUGCCACCCCCUCCCCAGCACCUGUGCUCACAGCCCCAGAGGCGACGUGGGACAGAGGAGGA